CGCGCCAUGGCGAUCGCAAGGCAAGUGCUUUGUGUCUGUGCUUUCCUCUCGCUGCCGCACGCUGGCGCCGAGCCCAUCCGCUACUCCGUAGCCGAGGAGGCGGAAAGCGGCUCCCUGGUCGGCAAGCUGGCCGAGGACGCGGGGCUGACGCCGGCGCAGCUCUCGGCUCGCCGCGCCCGCCUGGUGUCGGACGACGGCCGGCAGCAUUUUCGCUUAGACCGCGCCUCCGGCCGCCUCGUCGUGGCGGGGAGGCUGGACCGGGAGGAGCUGUGCGGCCAGGCCCCCAGCUGCAUGCUCCCCUUCGAGCUGCUGCUCGCCGAGCCGCUGCAGUUCUUCCGGGUCGAGGUGGCUCUGGAGGACAUCAAUGACCACUCACCUGUUUUCCCCGAGGAACGAGUCCGUUUUGACAUCCCGGAAAGCAGCGAGCCGGGUUCGCGUUUCCUGGUGGAAGGGGCUCGGGACCUCGAUAUUGGCAGUAACAGCAUCCAGGCAUACAGCAUCUCUCCUGAGAACGAGUAUUUCAGUGUCUCCUAUGCGUCUCAGAGUGCGGAUGACAAAUAUGUUGAACUGGUUUUGGAAAAGGCACUAGACAGGGAGGAGCAGGCAGAGAUGAGUUUCAGUGUUAUUGCUGAAGAUGGGGGUUCUCCUCCCAGGCGUGGAACCAUACAAGUCCACGUUAUAAUUCUAGAUGCAAACGACAAUGCUCCUGUCUUCACAAAAGAGCGUUACGUUGGGAAGGUUCUGGAGAACAUGCCAGAAGGUUCUGUGGUUCUGACUGUGCUGGCAACUGAUCAGGAUGCAGGAGUUAAUGGGGACAUUUCCUAUCAACUGAGCCAAGCAGUGGGACAGAGUGACUCAGCAUUUGUGAUUGAUCCCAUAACUGGAGAAAUUAAACUCACAAAAUCUCUGGACUAUGAGGCAGCAGAGACUCAUGAUCUCCGUGUGAUGGCCAGAGAUGGAGGGGGCCUUUCAGCAAUCUGCAAGGUGUUGGUGGAGGUGGUGGAUGUGAAUGACAAUGCCCCAGAGCUGGUGGUCAGUUCCUUCAGCAGUCCCCUCCCCGAGAACACAGUGCCCGGCACAGUGGUUGCCCUGUUCUCGGUCAGGGACCGGGAUUCUGGUGCCAACGGGAAGAUCUCGUGUGCCCUGGAGGAUCAGCUCCUCUUCUCCCUGCGGCCAGCCUAUAAGAAUUACUACGAGCUGGUGACAGUGAGCGCGCUGGACCGCGAGGAGACGGCUCAGUACGUGCUGAGUGUCACAGCAGCAGAUGCGGGGUCGCCUCCUCUCACGACCACGCAGACCUUCACCGUGGACGUCUCGGACGUCAAUGACAACGCGCCCGUCUUCAACCAGACGUCCUACACCAUGUACGUGCGUGAGAACAACGUCCCCACGGUGUUUGUUGGAGCGGUCAGUGCUGCAGACGCUGACGUGGGGCUCAAUGCCAAGGUGACCUAUUCCCUGGCCCCAGCGCAGGCGGCAGAGCGGCCCCGGUGCUCCUGCAUCUCGGUGAACUCUGAGAACGGACACGUGUUUGUGCUGCGGCCCCUGGACUACGAGCACUUGCGGCAGACCGAGGUGACGGUCGUGGCCUCUGACGCGGGCUCUCCUCCGCUCAGAGCCAACGUCACCGUGCGCCUCGUCGUGCUGGACGAGAAUGACAACGCGCCGCUGGUGCUGUACCCAGGCCAGGAGAGCGGCGCGGCGUCCAGCGAGCUGGUGCCCGUGUCGGCUGAGGCGGGCUACCUCAUCACCAAAGUGGUGGCCGUCGACGCCGACUCCGGCCAGAACUCCUGGCUCUCCUACCACCUGCUGAGGGCCACCGAGCCCGGGCUGUUCACCGUGGCUGCCCAAAGCGGGGAGGUGCGUCUCAGGAGGCCGGUGACAGACAGGGACAGCGUCAAGCAGAAGCUCGUUGUCCUGGUCCGAGACAACGGCCAGCCCCCGCUGUCAGCCACCGCAGCUCUGAGCGCGCUGCUGCUCAAGGACUUCUCAGACGUGCGCCUCCCGCACAGCAGCGCGGCCACGGAGGAGCAGGACGGCUCCCUGACCACCUACUUAAUCAUCUCCCUGGUCUUUGUCUCACUCCUCUUCCUCAUCUCCGCCGCGGUCUUUGUGGCUCGCAAGGUGUGCAGGAGAAAGGAGCUGCAGGCCGGCCAUGUGCUGUAUGGUGCCGACAACUUGCAGAGCGGCCUGGCCGAUGCAGCCGCUGCAGGGACCCUGCCCCGCGCCUACUGCUACGAGAUCAGCCUCACAACGGGCUCGGGCAACAGCGAGUUCAAAUUCCUCAAGCCCAUCCUCCCCAGCCUGCCACCACAGCACUGUGCCACGGGCCAGGGCCCUGAGGAGGGACAGGAUUUCCCCUGUGUCCCUGUCAGCACAGAGGACAUGGCACCAGACAAUCCUGGGACUCUCUCUGCGCGACAGUUCAACGCUCUUUCCUUCGACUAGACGGGCACUGCACAGACAGAGGCUUCAUGGCUAAUUUUAGAAUGUGAAUCAGACUGCAGCAUGUGCAAUGGUUUCUCCAGAGAUAAUCUGUCUUUCCGUUUGGCAUAAUCAAUUUCCUGCAAAGUCUAAGUCAGAAUAAAAGUUGUCAGCUUCUCCAAAAACAGCGGGAAGAACAUAAAAGAAAGACAGGCUCUCAAUAUAACACUAAAGUUGUUUAAGUUUGUAUAGUCGUUUCUGUUUGUGUUUAAGAGAGUGGUUGGCAAUCCAGCUCUGCACUCUUGCUGUCAAACCAGACCAUGAGCGUCUUGCUGAUUGCCAUAAAACAGUAGCACAACUGAGUAGACAAAUUUCACACUUACUGAAAUGGCGCAAAGGCCUUUUCCAGUUCAGAAAAGCAAGGCAGUUCUGAAUACUGUGCCACGAUGUUCUGUUGGCAUAGGGUUUUUCUUCCUCAGGUUUUGGCUGUCUCAGUCUGAGAUGUAUGGGCUCUGUGUUGUAUUCUUAUUUCUCUCAGUAUGUCUGUUUGUAGAGCUCUUGUGCAUCGGCAGGUCCUUCACUACUGCUGCCUGGUGAGACAGUGAAUUUGUCCCAUCCAGCCAUUGCAAUGCUGGCAAUUCCAGCUCUGCAGGGUAAAAGGCUAUUUUGGCCCUAUGAGUACAGGGGAUGACAUCUUCUUCAAGGCAGAGAGGAGCAGAAAAAUGCGCAACUAAUUUUUUCUUGGCCAAUGUGUGGGUUUGAUUUUCUGUCCCCUUCAGAUUGUCAUGGAAAUAAAGCAGCAGAUGAUGUGAUAGGGUAAGCUAUACCUGUAGAGAGCCAUGAAAACUUACUGAUUAUCAUUGUGUGCGUGAAAAGGCCACAUGUCCAUCAAAGAGAAUUUUCUGACUUUAGAAUCAAGAAGAACUUGAAAACAGGACUUUGAGUUUUGUUUCCUCAUUCUUCUUUCUGAAUUCAGUGGCUUCUUGUUGGCACUAGAAAACUAUCCAUAAAGGAUUUCUUUGUUUGUGUUAGAGCAUUUGCAUUCCCAUUUCUGCCCUUUGUUCUUCUACCCUCUGAAUUGUACUGUGCAUUAUUUUGCCUAUUCUGCUAGAGAAGCACUGCCUCAUCAUUUAUAAUAACAGGUUGUUGGAAUGAUGUCUGUGAUGCAUGGAAUUUUCUGAAAGCCUAACUCACUCUGUGUUGUGCAGAAGUUUUAUAGUUUAAAAUUGUGAGCUGUUAUGCCACUGAGUUUGAAAUAUUGAAAAAAGUAUGUAGAACUGAAAUAAAGAG